AUGCAUUUCUUUACUAUCUUGCUGCCUCUUGCAGCCUCUCUCGUCUCGGCAGUUCCGGCUGCGCGAAGUGCCACUAAACCGACGGUGACUCUCGACUAUACCACCGUUGAGGCGGUUGCUGGCAACGAGACCCUUGGGUACUAUAAGUACCAAAACAUUCGUUUUGCCGCGGUCCCUACCGGCAGCUUGCGAUUUGCUAAGCCUCAGUGGCCAUCCAAGGAAUCCGGCAUCAACAAUGGCACGACCUACGCCUCUGCCGACGUCGACUGUUCCUCUGAAGAGGACUGCCUAUACAUGGACGUGUGGGCACCGGCCAACUCCAAAGGCAAGAAGCUGCCAGUCAUGGUCUGGACCUACGGCGGUGGGUUUACUGGCGGUUCCAAGUCGGAAAAUACCCCCGAGGGUCUUUUCGACUUGUCUAAGGACUUCGUCUUUGUCUCCUUCAACUAUCGUCUUGGCAUCACCGGUAUUGCCAACUCGGUGACUGCAACCCACCAGGGUGCUACUGAUAACGUUGCACUGUAUGAUGUUGAGCAUGCCUACAAGUGGGUGAAGAAAUACAUCAGCAACUUCGGUGGAAACCCGGACGACGUCACUGCAUUUGGGUUCUCUGCUGGUGCCAGUAUGCCCCUCUUCCAGAUCACUCGCUAUGGUGGCCACAACGAGCAACUCUUCAACAAGGCCUACAUUACCUCUCCUGGCUUCGUGCCGGGUGCCGGUCACCACCAGGGCGAAAUGUUCUGGCAGAACGUUUCUACUGCUGUUGGUUGCAGUGGUGGGGAUUUGAGUUGCAUGCGCAACGUUGCCUUCGCUAACCUGACCGACGCCGCCACCGAUGUCUAUGAUGCUUACGGCUACCAAUUCCAGCCUCGUGUUGAUGGUGACUUUGUUGCCGACACAUACGAGUCACAGCUCUACCAGGGUCGGUUCAACUGGUCUGGUCCUCUGGUGAUUACCCACGAACAGCAUGAGAACAACGGCUCGCCAACCUCCGGCGUCAACACUACCGCAGAUGUCGAAAGCGAGCUCCGCGUCUUCUUCCCCGGUAUCACCGACGAUGUUGUCGAGGAGAUUAUGGAUCUUUAUCCCGAGUCCGACUACACCAGCCCGGGUUACCGCUUCGCGGACAUGCGGCAAUCGUUUGACCUGACUGCCCAUAACUAUGCUCUCACUCGUGCCCUGAAUAACAACACCUGGAACGCCAUGGUUGCCCUUGAGUCGGCCACUCACGGCACCGACCAGAGUUACUACUGUAAGAAUCCAAUUCUCCUCUCGAUGCAAGAUCAAAAGCUCACAGACAUAUUCCAUGCAGGGUAUAGCACGUAUUCUCUCUCUUCCAGCUCCAGCUCCAGUUCCUCGUCUUCCGGUGCAGGAGUUGCUAUUAGCAGCACUUCUUCUGUCAGCUCUACGGUUGCUGUUCGUUUUAUUCCUGCCCCACCCCGUCGCGGGACUUCUGGAGCCCAGGCUAAUAUUGUUUCCCUCACGCAGCGCAAGAUGCAAAAGUAUCUGCUUUCAUUUGUCCUUACUGGCAACCCUAACACAAAGUGGGCCAGCGACAAGCUCUACUGGCCUAAGUAUGGUAGCAAUGCUACCGAGCUCGUCUUCAACAGCACCAUGUAUACCAUGAAGGAUGACCUUGCGAAUGCCGGGACCAUCUACUGGAACAAGGCCCUGUGGUACUAA